CAAUCACGUCUGAAAAAAACAUCAAAUAUUGUCUAUUCAAAAAUGUGUUCCUUGUAAAGUUAGUGACUUAAUAGUCAAAUCUCAAAAUGAAGUACACUUUGUUGCUGAAUUGCAAGUGGCCCUUGGUGAACAAAAAUCUUCCAAAAUGUGUUUUAACGAGACAAGCGUCGACCGGGCUCAAUCUUUGGAACGAAGAACUCACGACCGAGUACAAGCAUCAGAUCGAAAACUAUUGGAAAGAUAAAAUCCAUAAAGGCAGUAACGAUAAUUUGCAAGAAAAUAAAGAGAAGUUUUAUGUUCUGUCAAUGUUUCCGUAUCCCUCGGGAUCUCUUCAUAUGGGACAUGUCAGGGUUUAUGCCAUCAGUGAUUCAGUUGCCAGGUUUUAUAGGAUGAAAGGUAAAAAUGUUAUUCAUCCGAUGGGAUGGGAUGCGUUUGGACUGCCUGCUGAGAAUGCUGCGAAAGAGAGGCAAGUAAACCCAGCUGAAUGGACGAAACAAAAUAUUCAGAAUAUGAGAGAGCAGUUAUUAAAACUGGGCUGCACCUUUGACACUAAUCGUGAAUUUGCCACCUGUGAUCCAGAGUAUUACAGGUGGACCCAGGAAUUGUUUUUGAAACUUUAUGACAAUGGUUUGCUCUAUCAGAAAGAAACUUUUGUUAACUGGGAUCCUGUGGAUCAAACUGUACUUGCGGACGAGCAAGUAGAUGAAAACAACAGAUCAUGGAGGUCUGGGGCCAUUGUGGAAAAGAGAUUACUCAGACAGUGGUUUGUCAAAACUACCGUGUUUGCACAGUCGCUACUAGAUGGUUUGAAAGACAAAACGUUAAAGGAAUGGAGAGAUAUCAUUAAACUCCAAGAACAUUGGAUAGGUGAAUGUACAGGAACAAACUUCGAUUUCAAGGUGGUCUCAAAAAUUCCAGGGUAUCCAAAAUCUAUAACUUUGUGGACUGAUAGGCCUGCAUUCAUCGAAUAUGCUAGUUUUUUUGCUGUAUCUUCAAACAAUCUUUUUUCAAAAAUUGAGAAAAGUGAAUCUCGCAGUCCUGUCAGGCUAUUAAAUGCCAAAGUUAUUAAUCCCUUCACAAACAAAGAGCUUCCAGUAUUUGUUACUGAAAAAGAGUCCCUGCCGUAUCCGGAAUUCAGGGAAGAUUAUUUGGGAAUUCCGUGCUCAUCCGAAGCUGAUGUUGGAUUUUGCAAAUCAGUCGGUAUCAAAUACGAAAUAGCUCCAGUCUGCUCGGCUCAAGAACUGAAAGAAAAACGCGCGUCUGUUCUCCAACUAGCCAGAGAACGUAAUAUCGGUGGUCACAUGGUAAGUUCAAAAUUACGGGAUUGGCUAAUAUCGAGGCAAAGAUACUGGGGCACGCCAAUACCGAUAAUCCACUGCGAGAAAUGUGGCGCUCAACCAGUGCCCAGAAGUCAGCUACCAGUCGUUCUUCCAAAGUUGGAUCAGUCAUUGGAAAAACAGAAUUCGACGCUAAGCAACGCUAAAGUUUGGCUGAAUACGUCGUGUCCCAAGUGUGAUGGACCAGCUAAAAGGGAGACGGAUACUAUGGACACUUUUGUCGACAGCUCGUGGUACUUUAUGAGAUACAUAGACCCCAAGAACGACAAGGAAAUGUUUUCCAAAGACAAGGCUUUUCGCGAUAUGCCCGUGGAUCUGUACAUUGGUGGAAAAGAACACGCUGUACUUCAUUUGUACUAUGCAAGAUUUGUCAAUCACUUUCUUUACCAAUUGGGACUGGUGCCUACGAGAGAACCAUUUAAGCAAUUGUUAGUGCAAGGAAUGGUCAUGGGUCAAUCUUUUUCUACCAAAGAAGGCAGAUACCUAAAACCACACGAGAUCGAAGCUACGGAAAACGGAUAUGUCGAGAAGGACACGAAUCAGCGGGUCAUCGCUGCCUGGGAAAAAAUGUCCAAGUCCAAAUACAACGGUGUCGAUCCUUCGAAAAUGUUUGACGAGCACAGCAUAGAUACAAUCAGACUGUUGAUGUUGGCCGACGUUGCGCCGAGGUCUCACAGAAACUGGUCCAAAGAAACGUUUCCAGGUAUCCUGAAUUGGCAACACCGUCUCUGGCAGACCGUAUCAGAGUUCAUCAAAGCUCGCAAGAAUCUUACACCAGCCGAUCUGUCCCCUCUGCUGUUCAGUGAUCAAACAUUCUUAAAAGAAGACGCCAGUAUGUUCGACAGCAGAAACUAUCACCUGCACGGUGUGACGUUCAAUUUGACGGUCUCGCAGCAGCUUAGCGUUGCCAUUUCCAAGAUGCAAAGUUUGACUAACAAAAUCCGCAAAUCGUCGAAACUGUGCGUUGCUCGAAGUCGUGAGUACGAACGAGCCCUCGCUGUGCAGAUUAUCAUGCUGGCACCGAUUGCUCCACAUUUUGCAUCAGAACUCUGGGCUGGAUUCUGUUCUGCGCCCAAUAGAAUCGUCGAGGAUGGAGAAAUCGAUUGGGAUAAAGAUGUACUUGAACAGAGGUGGCCUGAAGUUGAUAUGGAGUAUGAACUCAAGGUUGACGUGACGGUAAAUGACAAGAAAUUUGUAAUACUACGAAUACCGCGUCGACAGUUAGAUACCAUGAGCCAAGAGGAAGUGUUAGAAUUGGCAGUUAAGGAGCAAAAAUUUCAAAAGCAUCUACAAAAGCAUAAGAUCAUCAGAGUUUAUUACAAAUCAAAGUCUAGCUCUGGAGCACAAAUGUCAAUUAAGACAAAGGAGAGCAUCGACAAAAAAGUUUUGCAAAAGGAAGGAGCGUAA